AUGUUUUGGUACAUAUCCCGACGCAUCUUGAUAGAGGAUGCGGAGGAAGCCCAACAGAUCCGGGUAGAAAAUGUGGUGCGAAAAAAGGAGGAGGAGGAGGAAGUGGUGAUGGUAGAAGUGGAGGAAGAAGACGAGGACGAGGACGAGGACGAGGAAGCCGCGGACGGGGAAGUCGCGGACGGGGACAACAAUGACAAUAGUGGUGGUGGUGGUGGUGGUGGUGGCGGCGGCGGUGUCGGAGGACAAAGACGAAAGUCGAAAGACAUAAUUAGUGGUGGUGGCGGUGGUGGUGGUGGUGGAGUGGUGGUGGGGUGCUGGUGGUGGCGGCGGGGUAGUGGUGGCGGCGGCGGCGGCAGAAAGGUGACGGCGGGCCGUUGCGCUAUCGAUGGGGGUGGAGGCAAGUGA